AUGUCGAGCGAUGUAUCCCGGAGACAAGCACCCCCGCAACAACAGACAUUCGGCUGCCAAACCUACCACGCCCCCACCCCCAACCAGGUCAUCGAGGCGUUCUCGACGGCCACCCUGGAAUGGGACCCCCACUGCUUCGACUCGCAGAAGAACAUCGACAUCUAUCUCCAGUCGCUCGACGUCGCCCAGCCGAUCCACGUCUGGAAGAACGUGGUCGCCUCGAGUGCCAAGCUGUCCACCCAGUUCAUCCCUGACUGGUGGAACAGCACCCAGUCCGUCUCGCUCCAGAUCGUCAUCACCCCCUCCGACCUGCCCCUCUGGGCCGGCCUCGGCCCCGGCCCGAUCUUCUUCGCCCACUUCAACGGCUCCAUCCCCGCUGGCGCACCCACCUCGGCCCACGACGGGAAACAGCUCGGCGGGCCAAGUAUCGAGUACAUCACCGACCUCUUCCAUCGCUCCCACCAUGCACUCAGCGGCGGCAAGCUCGGCGCGGCCAUCUUCUUGCCCCUCCUCGCCGUGGCCGUCGCCAUCUCGACCUACAUCUUCAUCUCCAGACGCAGGAGCGGCCAGGCCAGCAAGCGCUGGAGCGAGUACGUCGACAAGCGCAUGUCCGUCAUGGGCUCCCAGACCUGGGACAGCCCUGCGCUCGGCUCGGGCCCCUUGCCCUCAAUUCGUGGCAUCCCCGGUAGCAGGGUAGCCUCCAUGUACCGUCACUCAGCCUCGCUUCCCCAGCGAGACUCGAUGGUCAAUACCCCUCACGCCCGCCUAAGUACAUUUAGCCUUAACCGCCCAGUCUCCUCAGUCAGACCGCCCACCCAUCACUCCCGUAACAUCUCCCUGGCUGGCAGCGCCGCGAGGGUCUCCUUCGUCGACCGCCAAUCCGGCAUCUCCUUCCCCCGCCCCGGCUCCGAACUGGUCCCCAACUCCUUUGAGCCUCCCGUCGCGCCCUUCAGACCUACUCACCAAACCACCUCGAGCAUGAGUAGAAGCGUCAGCAACCUGCGCUUCGAACUCGACGCCCAUCCGGCUGCCGACCAUUCGCCCUCCGCUAAAUCCAGGGCCCUCAAAGUGGACACAGAGAUCCUCUCCCAUCGGGCCUCCAGUGCCGGCUCAUCCGCACGCACCGACCCGGUCACGGCCUCCGGUAUGCGACGUCUCGACGGCGCCUCCGCCCUCAGCCCAGACGAGGCCCUGCGCCAGUACACCCUCUUCCGUGGACGCGACGACGAGCGAGCAUCGACUCCUGGUAGUGGGUCACCUAAGUGA